AAAAAAAGUUUGAAGAUCGAAACGGCAUCGUUGAGUCUCGAAAUCUUGACCCUCUGGAAAUCCGAUACGAAGCAAACAACAGAGUCAGACAGAGAAUGGUCGGUGUUCAUUGUGAUUCUCCCUGACCUUGUUCUUUAUCAUCUCGUUAUCGCUCCUAACGUUCCAAACCCUAAAUAAAUUCGCUGCCUCGCUCUUCAAUCGCCGAAUUCCAACUCGGAGUGGCCGAGAGCAAUCAUGUCGUGGCUGAGAUCUGCGGUGAACAAAGCCGUCGAAGUCGGCAACAAUAACAACCUCACUCGUACCGUCAAGAACUACGCCGACACCGUCGUACAGCAAGCCGGUCAAGCCGUCGCCGAGGGUGCCAAAAUCCUUCAGGAUCGCAUUGGUGCUAGGAAUUACAAAAGUGUUGCGGAGACCAUUAAGAGGUUGGAAGACGCUGCUAUCUCUUACCGGGGACCUGAGAGAGUGCAGUUGCUUAGAAGAUGGGUGGCUGUGCUUCAAGAGAUUCAGAAGUUGUCUGAAGCCUCGUUGGCUGAAGGUAAAGAGAGGACUCUAGAGCAGCACCUUGCAGUUGAAGAAGCCAAGGAGAACCCAAGGAGACCAUCUCUGGUUCUUUACUAUGAUUCUGAUGUUGGGGGUGAACCAUUAAAUUUUCGUGAUGUUUUCCUUCAAAGUCAGGCAUUAGAGGGUAUAGCAUUAUCCAUGAUUAUUCAUGCUCCUGACGAGGAAGAGGUUUCCCUUCUCCUGGAGAUGUUUGAACUCUGUCUUACUGGAGGAAAAGAAGUUCAUAAUGCCAUAGUGAGCAGCCUGCAAGAUUUAGCAACCUCUUUUUCAAGCUAUGAAGAUGAAGUACUGGUGAAGCGAGAGGAAUUGCUUCAAUUUGCACAAGGUGCCAUCACUGGAUUGAAAAUCAAUUCUGAUGUUGCAAGAAUAGAUUCUGAAGCCUCUAUUCUUAAGAAAAAGCUCACUGAGAUAACUUCAAAGGGGUCUGUAAACAAAGUUGAUUUUAAAGCUGCCGAGGAAACACCAGCAACUCUAGAGGCUUUGAAAAUUGCCCUUGCUCAAAUUAGAAUCUGUUCCAAACUGGAAGCAUUAUUGCUGAAGAAAAAAAAUUUAAGCAAUGGAGACUCUCCUGAAGUUCAUGCUCAAAAGGUUGAUAAGCUGAAGGUUUUAACGGAAUCUCUUGCCAACUCUGCUGUAAAAGCUGAAAAACGUAUUUUAGAUAACAGAGUACAAAAGGAGGAAGCAUUAAAAGUUCGGGUAGCUAAAGAUGGUGAAGCUAGUGAAAAGGAGAAGGAACUGACAGCAGAGAUAUCUGAACUGCAACGUAAAAAAGAAGAUCUUGAAGCUGAAUUGAAAAAGGUUAACACUUCUUUGGCUGCUGCUCAAGCACGACUAUGGAAUGUGAGGGAAGAGAGAGACCAGUUUGAGGAAGCAAACAAUCAGAUAGUUGAGCACCUGAAGAUAAAGGAAGAUGAAUUUUCAAAAUCCAUUAACUCAUGUAAGGUUGAAGCAGAUGUUAUCAAAACCUGGAUUAAUUUUCUGGAAGAUACUUGGGUUCUUCAGCAGUCAAAUGCAAAAACUAACGACAAGCUGGUCAAUGAUGAAUUGGAGAGACAUGAGGACUACUUUGUGAACUUGGCCAUUCAACUUCUUACUGCUUACCAGAAAGAGUUAGAGCCUUCUAUUAACCAUAUUGGAACAUUUGUCGUGAACCUCAAGAAUUUAAAUCAGAGAUUAGAGAUGACACCCAAUCCUGAUACUGAGGAUUUAGAAGGAUUAAGUCCAAGGAAAAACCUUGAGGAGGAAUAUUUGACGUACGAAGCCAAGAUUAUUACCACUUUCAGUGUUGUGGAUACUAUGAAACAGCAGUUUUACGCUCAGCAUGGGAAAGUUUCCAGGAGCGAUGAAGAUAGAGUUAAAGAGCUGUUUGAUGGCAUUGAAAAGUUGCGAACUGAAUUUGAGUCUAUUGAGAGACCAAUUCUUGAUAUAGAGAGUCCUGCAAAGGUUGAAACUCCACCUUCUGAGAAAAAGUUGGAUGGUGCUCCUUCACUUUCUGCGCCAGCUCAUGGUGCACAGCUUUCAAAGCCUGAGACGGAUGAACAGCCAAAAUCAUCUUCAGUUAAGGCAGAGCAGCUAUUAGACCAUGCAGCUGAGUUAGCAAAGCUGGAAUCUGAGAUAGGGAGGGUCAGUGAUGAGUAUUCAUCAGAAGAAAUUGGUGAUUGGGAGUUUGAUGAGCUUGAAAAAGAAUUGACUUCUAGUUAGGUCAAAUCUUAUUUAUGAGUAAUUAAGCUUGCUGUUGUAUUUUUAUAAGGAGGCAAGUUCAAGUAUCAUAAAUUUGUAAGCAUGGGUCGGCUGUUAAUGAAGCCUCAGUUUGUAUCCAGAUAUCUUUUAAUUUGUAAACAUUAGAGCAUAAUUUCUUGAUUCUUCUGUAAAUUAAUGAAUAUGUAACAUGUAGACCAGUCGAAAAAUUAUUUGUAACAAUCAAAUGGUUACCCUAGAACCGUUACAUCGAAUGGCUGGAAAAGUUCUAAUGUCAUAUUUUGUUUUUGGCGAGUGUUACCGGCCCA